AUGGCUGCUUUCCGAUCGAAGAACAGUGAUAAUUAUGGUUUGACAGUCUGUGAUUACUCUUCGCCCCUGUAUAAAGUGGAAGAGUACCUCCUUGCGUAUUCAGAAUCAAUUAAUGUUGUCCCUUUGGAGUCCGAAUGGCGCAUGCCACAAGAAUUAAUAGACAUCAACAUUAUUCCACCACUCGUGGUCACCAAGCCUGGAAAAAAGAAAAGAAAAUGUGUUAAGGGCAUGGGCGAGACUUUCAAGUCAAAGAGGAAGAAUAAGUGUUCAUUGUGCAAGAGACCCGGGCACAAAAGAACCACUUGUAACAGCAACAAAUC